CGGGUGGGUAUUUUUCCUGACUAAGCACGCUACCACCACAUAAAAUCCCGUGCAAGCGCAAUUUUCCUUUUUUAUCUUGCUUCUCGUCAAGCUCACAGGCAGGUUUGGUGCUUCAGGAAUUUCUUGGAGCGCGCUUGCUUGUGCGCCUGUAAUCAAGUUGCAAUGAUACGUUCUGCUUGCAUCCGACUCCCUCGUGUCAGCCAAGCCGUCGGUUUCGCUGCCGCGAGACCGCAGACGCUCUGCCUGGCGACAAGCAAGAGGUUCUCAACUUCUGCUUACUGCUAUAACAGCGCGUCAAGGUGGGCGGAUGCACCAAAGGAGGAGGAAGUGUCGCCGUUUAGGAGACAGCGAUUAGAACAGCUUCAGGAGAACCAGACUAGCGAGGCGCCCCUAUAUUCCGAGGCUUACCCUCGGUUGCCAGCGGACGACGCGCGCAAAUCAGUUCCCGAGUUCAUUGAAGAAUGCCAAGAUGCCCUGCCGACCGAACCGGUAUCCCUAUCCGGACGAGUGCGCUCGAAGCGAGUCGUUGGCAAAUCCUUAAUAUUUGUUGACAUCGUAAACGAGUUUCAAAAGGCACAAGUCAUGAUCAACAAGAAGAAUUGCCAAUUAGGCGAGACAAAUAAACAUCAAUUCCGUCUUUUCAAAAACAUGAUCCAAGUUGGAGACCACAUAUCUGUAACGGGCACCGCAACACGUACAACCGCCGGCGAGUUGACGCUGGAUGCUAUCGGCCUGCCCACCCUUUUAUCUCCAACAAUGGAGCAGAUCCCCGAGAAACUCCUCGACCAGAGAACGAAGAGCCAGGAGCGCCAUGUCGACAUGCUGGUGAACAAAGAGGUUGUCGAUGUCCUUCGCCUACGUGCUGAAAUCACCAAACACAUGCGCGACCACUUCCAUUCAAAGCGCUUCUUGGAAUUCCAGACACCUAUUCUCGCCGAGAAUGCAGGCGGAGCUGUCGCUCGACCCUUCGUCACCAGAGCCACCGAGUUUAAAGACAAGGAUCUUGCUCUCCGCAUCGCCCCCGAACUCUGGCUCAAGCGUUUGGUCGUCGGCGGUGUCGAUAAAGUAUUCGAAAUCGGCCCUGCGUUCCGAAACGAAGGCAUUGACGGCACACAUAAUCCCGAGUUCACAAUGUGUGAAUUCUACAGCGCCUACACAAACCUGGAAGAUCUCAUCAAGGAGACCGAGGAGCUGUUGUCCAGCCUCGCUACACACACACAACAACUCAUCGCCACCCAGCUCACAUCGCUCCCCCAGAUCGACGUGAACAAGUUCAAGCGGCCAUAUAUACAAAUCGAGUUUGUCCCUGGCCUCGAAGAGGCCAUGGGUAUCCGCUUCCCGAAGCUAUCAGGAGAAGACGCACUGCCAGAAGUCUUAGCUAUCUUGAAGCUUGCUGGUAUUGUGGUCCCAGGAGAAGUCCCUUCAACCCUGCCCAAGCUGCUAGACCGCCUCGCUGCUAUCCAUCUUGAGCCGCGUUCCUUUGAAGAGCCAGUCUUCAUCACCAGCCAUCCUGCAUGCAUGUCGCCUCUGGCAAAGAGCUUCAUUUGCCCCAAGACAUACCAGCUAGUAUCAGCACGAGCCGAGCUGUUUGUCGGCGGCCGCGAGCUUGCCAACAUGUACGAAGAGGAGAAUGAUCCUGAAGAGCAGCGCCGCAAACUCGCCACUCAUCGUAAUCUUGCCAAUAAACCUAAUGGUGAGAUUGGUAUCUCUGAGCCUGCUGCCCAAGCAGCCGCCACACCGGAAGCAACCGAAGAGCCCGAUGAGUGGGAAGCAUCUCCUCUAGACUCAAGCUAUAUCAAGGCUCUAAACUACGGUCUUCCUCCAACAGGAGGCUGGGGCUGCGGCGUCGAACGGUUGGUGAUGCUCUUUUCUGGUGCCAGCCGUAUCAGCGAUUGUCUCAGCUUCGGCACCUUACAAAAUGUCGUCGGCCUAUCAUCCUCAGGAAAUUCCUCCAAUGACGAGCCUCAGUAAUUACCAUUAUACCCCCAUGUACCACCAUUCUUGUACUUUAAAUAGCUUUUGUAUAGUAGCGUCGUCAUUCAAUAUCAUUAAUACACAAGUGCCAUAGAAGCAUUGGAAAUGAAUUAUCAAGGAAUUUAUUAUUCAAGUAUCAAAAGACUGCUAAGAAGAAACCUGUUUUCCAAAACCAAAAGCAGAAACAAAGGAGCUGACCCAACGAAUGGAGGUACAGCAAAAUAGUAGUGUUAAUACAAGGGAGAGCCCAGUGUAGCUUGCAGAACAAGUCACACGCAGCUAUUUACAAGGGAAAGGUAUUAUCUCAACCUCAUUUUGCCAACUCAACUUACAAGAGGCCGCCAGCAACCUGGAACAGACUGCUGAUCAAGCCAGGGUGGGAAACUCUGUCACCACGAAUCCACUUCUGGAUGGUGGCAUCGUCGAGACCCUCGGAGAAGUCAACGCUGUCGGGCAGCAUCUUAAUGGAGACGGAGGCAGAGUCCUCGUCAAAGACAACAGCAGCCUUGACAAACUUGUCAAUGGGGCGGUCAAAGUAGUCAGAAGAACCAGCGCCGUUGGCAAGGUGGAAAGUGCUCUUGGCCUUGGUGUCACCACUGGAGAGAACCUCGAACAUGUCGACCUCACCACAUCCGGUCUCCCAGCAGCUACAGCUGUUGUACUGGGCAGUUCGGGGAAUGCGAGCGUUGAGAGCCCAGAUAGCGGGCAUAUCACCGUUGAAGCCACGGUUACCGUCAAGAGGCAUCUUGAAGUGGAAGAGGAAGACCUUGUUGCCGCCCUUGAAGCCCUCUGUAAAGAACGUGUUAGCCACUGUGAGAAGAAAAAUCGAGAAAGCGAAAACGUACUGUAAGCGACCUCAUCGGAACGAGCGUAGCCGCAAUCGCCAUUGCACUUCUCGCCACUGAAAAUGGCGAAUUCCUUGUUGGAGGGAAUGUAGACAUCCUUCAGGAUCUCGGGGUUGGCAGAGCCACCAUUGCCAUCAGCGUUAAGGAAAGCGAGAGAGUUGCCCCAGGUACUAGAUAUAAGUUAGAAGAGUUGCAGAUGCGGAACACUAUGGUACUUACGAAUCCCAAACACCGGAUCCCUGGCCACCGUAGUUGCCCAUGAAGACGACAUUAUCAGCUUGCUGCUUUUCGGAGUUGUAGUAGGCGACACGGUCCCAAUCUUGACCAGAAUGAUGGUUGACAGUGGCCUUCAUGUUGGCAGCGGCCUUGGGGGCAUUGGGAGCUGUGGGUGCGUGAGGCGCAUUGGGGGCAGAAGGAGCGUUAGGUGCAGAUGGUGCCUUGGGAGCAGAGGGAGCAUUAGGUGCAGCAGGCGCAUUGGGAGCAUUAGGUGCGUUAGGAGCGCUGGGGGCUUUGGGAGCAGAGGGAGCGUUAGGCGCACUCGGGGCGUUGGGUGCAUUAGGUGCAGUAGGCGCGUUAGGAGCGCUAGGGGCGUUUGGCGCAUUGGGGGCAGAGGGAGCGUUGGGGGCACUGGGAGCAUUCGGGGCGUUAGGAGCGUUGGGAGCAUUGGGAGCAUUAGGCGCAGACGGUGCCUUGGGAGCGUUAGGGGCGCUGGGUGCGUUGGGGGCACUAGGAGCAUUGGGAGCGCUUGGUGCGUUGGGGGCACUAGGAGCAUUGGGAGCGUUGGGAGCGCUUGGUGCGUUAGGCGCGCUAGGGGCCUUGGGGGCGUUAGGAGCGUUUGGCGCAUUUGGUGCGUUUGGCGCAGAGGGAGCCUUGGGGGCAUUGGGAGCCGAUGGCGCGGUAGGAGCAGAGGGUGCAGUAGGAGCAGUAGGAGCAGUAGGGGCUACCGGUGCAAUGGUCUUGGGGCCGUAGUAGACCUUCUCCCAAGAAACGACAUCGCCGUUGAUGGUGGCAGUGAUCCACUCAGCUCGCUUCUCGUGGAAGGGGUUUUCCAUGUGCUUGUGGCCAUGGGGGUUUUCGAGGACACGCUUCUGGGCCUGGUGGAUCUCACGCUUCUUGGAGUUGUCCUUGGACAGGUUGUAGACGGCGACCUCCUUGAUGUAGAUGGGACCGCGGAUGUGGAUGGAGA